CAACCUUCGCGUUGCCAGGACAGAGGGGCUCGUGGCGCUCUUUCACACAUUGUUGCGUGUUUCUGGCAGUGGUCAAGGCCUUGGAGUUCAGAUUGCUGCUGUUAAGCACUUUGUUCCCAUGUCAAGGAUCGUCCGCGGCGCUUAGGCCUUUCAGGUGUGCGCGACGUCAGAGAAGAAUGAAGAUAAUGUGGGGUCAUGCAGGGCAACCAAGCCUUCCCAAGCGGAUGAGCGCCGUCGGUUCUUUCACGGUCACCAUAGCGUGCCCAAGACUCCCCACUGCCAGACCAACGGAUGCCGCGGGUCUGGACGUUGACAUGCAGCCCAGUGCGACUCCCCCGGCGGAGCCUAUCCGCCUCCCCGAAAACAGCGAACCGCCGCCCAACACUGGGGCGGAGAGCCCCGCCGUCGAGCGAAACCCGUCCCCCGAGCUGUCCUUCAGGCCGCGCGCAACGGAAGCGGACGGAGAUACGCGCGAGCCAGCUUUGGAGAGUCGGAGAGGGAAUGGUACGCAAAGCGGCAGUGAAGCCAAGGAGGCGGUGUUGCCAGGGGGGAAACGGCGGCGGAUUGUUGAGGAGACGGCGAAGAGCGCAAGCAUGGGGGGAAGUCCGGGCGGGGCUUGCAGCGGAUCCGCAGCAGAGGGGCGGAAUGCGAGCAGCAACGAGCCAACUGGGAGAGCGCUUCUGGAUCGAAUUGUUCCGAUAAUCGUAGUCGAGAUCUUCGGCUUGAGGCUUGAGGUCUACGGGAGUUGGGAUGCAGUGCCGCUAGAGCGCGCGCCGCUCUUGCGGCAACAACUGGGUGGUCCGACUGGCGACCCCGUGCUGAAGUUUGUCAAGAUGCGGCUGCUCGGGAAGGCCACCCACUCAGUCCGGGGGCGCCGAGUGAAGUACGACUGCGAAUGUAAUUUGGUGUCCUUUGGUGUGGGCCUUGGCGUAGGCGAAUAGCGUUUAAUGUUGGACCUCUUCCAGGCACUCGGCGUGUAUUCUCCGGAGGGUAGACUUAUGCGUUUGGGGUUGGAGGAGAUAGAAAGGGAGGCCCGGUUGGCUUUGGAGGAAACGAAGUUCAGGGGUACAUCAUAGUGUAGCAUUUCUAGGAGUAAAGGAGCGGCCCGGCCUCGAGGCCUGAGGUGUUCGUUGUGCUGGAAUGAUGUCUGUUUCUAUGUUGUAGCGUAGCAUGUCAUUAAAGAGAUUGGUCGGGUCACAAAAUGAUGCAUACAUGGAAGGGCCGGAUGGAACAAAGCGAUAGCAGUGUCAACUUGUAAACUCAAGUUUUGAGGGCAGCCGUGAGCUGUACGAGCGCAUGCGGCCCCUUAAGAGUCAAGC